UCCUUCUAUUCCAUCAUGGUGGACUUUUUCCUCAACCGAUGUCUGGUGGAGAACAACUGGGACCAGGAUGAGCUCAACACUGAGCGGGAAAUUGUUGGCCUUCUGGAAAACCGCAUCCUCAUGCUGCUCUUUGCAUCGGCAGAAUGUGACAAGUGCUGGGAGUUUGUGCCUGUUCUCAACGAUUUUUUUAAACGACUCAAAGACCCGGCUUACAUUGAAUAUCCCAGACUGCUGGCGCUCAUUUACAUCAGCUUAGACCAAUCAGAGGAACAGCAGGGAAGAUUUCUCAAAGAGAUGCACAAAAAGGUUCUGUUUCUGGCCUUUGAGGACCCGUACCGGAGGGAACUCCAAGCUAAGUUCAAGGUGAAAGAUGUACCCACCGUGGUGGUCCUUCGUCCAGAUGGCUCCGUCCUGUCCCCGAAUGCUGUUCAAGACAUUUAUCGUUUCGGUUCCGAGUGUUUCCGCAGCUGGCAAGAAUCGUCAGAGCUGGUUGAAAGAAGCUUCAUGCUCAACGAGGAGUUUGACAACUUGAAUAUGCGCAGCGCCACCGACCCUGUGAGGAGGCUGAAAUACAAGACGGAUGACGACAAGAGGAAAAAAAGAUGGUGGAGGUUGUAG